AUGAGCAAAUUCCCAUUAAUCAACCUAGAUGUGAGUUGUAACUAUCAACCUGACGGAUUUAUGUCCUUUAAAGGAAAUAAUGUUAGUUCUCCUAACUAUGGGCCGAAUUCUGUUGUUUUUCCUGUCCAAAAUAAUCUAGCUAGUACAACGUACGCUGCUGCACAGAUCGACGGACUGAUUGGACACUUUACUUAUCAAAUAUCAGAGGGUGACUUUUUUAACGCUGGUAAUCAAUUGUGCCUCAUGAACGAGGAGAAUAAGAAAGCUUUAUGUAGAAACAUUGCCGAAGAGUUGCUUAUAGUUAGAAAGGAAAUUCUUCAUUUUGAACGGGCUGAUCCUAACCAUCGUCGUCGUGUAGAGAAAUAUGAAGAAACUAGGCAGUAA